CCUUCGCUCUCCAGCCGCGUCCCCCUCCCGGCCGCCCGGCGCGCCCGCGGCGAUGGGCGCGCUGCUGGCGCUCUGCCUGCUCUUGGGCUGGGGCCCGGCGGGCGCCCAGCAGCCCGGAGAGUACUGCCACGGCUGGGUGGACGUGCAGGGCAACUACCACGAGGGUUUCCAGUGCCCGGAGGACUUCGACACGCUGGACGCCACCAUCUGCUGCGGCUCCUGCGCGCUGCGCUACUGCUGCGCCGCGGCCGACGCCAGGCUGGAGCAGGGCGGCUGCACUAACGACCGCGGCGAGCUGGAGCACCCGGGCAUCACGGCGCAGCCCGUCUACGUUCCCUUCCUGAUUGUCGGCUGCAUCUUCAUUGCCUUCAUCAUCCUAGGCUCUCUGGUGGCUGUUUACUGCUGCACCUGCUUGAGGCCUAAGGAGCCCUCUCAGCAGCCAAUCCGCUUCUCGCUCCGCAGCUAUCAGACGGAGACCCUCCCCAUGAUCUUGACUUCUGCGAACCUCAGGGCACCUUCCAGGCAGUCCAGCACGGCCACCAGCUCCAGCUCCACGGGGGGCUCCAUCCGAAGGUUCUCCUUUGCCCGGGCAGAGCCAGGCUGCCUGGUUCCCUCUCCGCCCCCACCUUACACCACAGGCCACCCAAUCCACUUGACCCAGCCGUCCGGCUUCCUGGUGUCGCCCCAGUACUUCGCUUACCCGCUCCAGCAGGAGCCCCCACUGCCCGGGAAGAGCUGUCCAGACUUCAGUUCCAGUUGACAGGCCGUGGCUGCAGAUGCAUCAUCUGGAGCAGUGGCGCACCUGUGGAUGCUGCCGCCAUGGCCACCAGGAAUCCCAAGACAGUUUCACUUGGACCAGCGACGUCAUGGAGGAAAGCGCGAGGAAAACACAGCGCCUCUUAGUCUUGAGGUUCCUGGCUGCAGUCACAGAAUGGCUGUGUUAAGAAAAUUGCUUUCUGGCUUUGAAAGCAUGGUGACUAUUACAUUUCAACUUAUGCUACUUUUAUUCAAAAUAUGCAGUAGUCCAACUUGAAAGUUACAAGUCAGCUGAAGCUGUUAUAUUGGACAACUCAGCUAUCCUACAUAGGCCUAUCUGUUCUUUUUUCAUUAUAAGUUCUUUAGUGAGUGAUAAUACAAAUAUAUACAUAAGUAAGCAAAGAAAUUGUACCUGAUUGUAAUUAUCGAAGGUUCAUUUAAAAAAUUAACUGCUAAGUAAACUGAAGAGACAGUGAACAGCCUGUUUAUAAUUUGGGGAGCAACUUAACUGGGAAUAACAUUAGCAUCAUGACAACAGUUAUUUUUUAAAUCAAUGGCUAAAUUUUGUUGAAAUAUAAGAGUGUCUUCAGAAAAGAAGAUUUCAAUAACUGCAUGAGAAAUUUAACAUUUUAAAUAUUUACUUAGAUAUUCAUUGUAACAGAGAUCUUAUGUAAAAGCAUUUCCCCCACCUGCCCAAGGGAAUAUUUAUUGCAGACGUUUUGUUCAGCAACAUUUAGUGUUUAAAUCAAAGUUGAACAGUUGGGUCUUAAAACAUUUAUUUGUAAAAUGAGUUAUGUACAAAUGUAAAGAUUUGUAAUUUAAUGUAUUUACUACACUGAUGGUACUAAUUAUUUAGUAGUCACACUGUAAUUUUUUAUGUUAAUAAUAAGCGUGGAGUUCAAAGUCCAGCUUUAACUAUAAUCUUCUGAUAUUAUGUAUCUUAAGUGCCACUGAGUUCCAUGUCUGAUGACUAAAUAUUUGGGCAUAUAUCCUGCUGGAUUAGAAUGAAUAAAAUGCUUUAUGCUUUCAUGA